AUGAGGUCAAAGUUCAUGAAUUAUAAACCAUGUAAUAAAUGUGUGUGUGUGUCUUCAGAUCUGUCGGAGAAGAAGAGCGACCUGCGUGUGUGUGACGCAGGAACGUGUCGCUUCGGAGGAACCUGCAGAGAGAACGGAGCCGACAUCAAGUGUGUCUGUCAGUUCCACUGUAAUAAGAAGUACGUUCCCGUCUGCGGUUCCAAUGGAGACACGUAUCAGAACGAGUGUUUCCUCAGAAGAGCCGCCUGCAAGAAACAGAGAGCCAUCAGCAUCCUGUCAGAGGGACCCUGUUACCACGACGGAGGUUCAGGAUCUGGUGACGGAGAUGAUGAAGGUUCUGGUCGCGGUAAGAAGGUUUCAAAAUGUGGAAACUGCAAGUUUGGAGCCGAAUGUGACGAAGACUCAGAAGAUAUGCUCUGCAUGUGUAACAUCGUGUGUAACGGACACAACGACAACCCGGUGUGCGGCGGCGACGGCGUCACCUACGACACGCCGUGUCACGUCCGCGAGGCGUCCUGCCUCAAACAGCUGAAGAUAGACAUCAAACAUGUGGGGCGUUGCCAAGAUAAGAGCAGGAAGGACGACGGUGUGAAGAUGAAACCGGACGUCUUCCCUGUGUCUAAACCUGGUGAGGGGGAAGGGUUCGAGGACGCCCCCGCUCCCUGUCCUGAAGACUACUUCCAGUUCUGUGACCACGGAGAGUGUGAGAUGAGACACAACCUGCCCACCUGCAGGUGUGAGGCGGCGUACGGUGGUCCUCAGUGUGAUCAGCUGCUGGACUUUAACAUCCUGUACGUGGUGCCGAGCGGUCAGAAGCUUCACUACGUCCUCAUCGCCGCCAUCAUCGGAGCCGUGCAGAUCGCCGUCAUCGUGGCCGUGGUCAUGUGCUUCACCAGGAGGUGCAACAAGACGAAGCGCGGCCGGAGACAGAAGCAGCACCUCGGCCACUUCCCGUCAGGAACUUCCUCCCGGAUGAUGUAG